CCCGAAGCCACGCAGCUCGAUCUCCUGCUUCGAUUUGAUGCAUGCAGACAAAUCCGGACGAGAGAGAAGAGGUGUACAGUGGAAGCUAGCAUUGAUGCCUUUGCUGCUUGCUGCCUAUUUUUAUUGCCUUCUCCUCUCUGCACGCUCCGUCACCGUGUCCGUCUGAGAAGUCUCUUGCAUACAGACGAGACCACUCUGCGUGAGGAAGAACAAGGGGGAAGGAAACAAAACACAGGUGGGAUGUUCCCCCUGCUCGUUUACGCACUUGUUUCUCAUUUCAAUCGGCGCGUUUCUUGAAGGAUCGGGAUAAACUCGGGGCAUUUUACAUCAGAUCAUCGUCUUGAAAGCAGAGCCGGGAAGAGUAAGAGAGAAGAGCCUUCGAGAAAUGCUGAGGGUAAUGAACAAGGUCCAUAAAGAUCAGAGCACAGGGCAGCUAUCUUCUGAUUCCUUCCCAGACUUUCGCUUCUCUUCUCAUUGCCUGAUGCACAAGGCCAGGAACACCUCGCUCUUCAGUGUCCCUGGCCUCUUUGUCGGGUUCAACACCAAAGGCCUAUCGGAUUGUGAAUCAGUCAAGAGCCCCACUUCCCCCUUGGACUUCAAGAACUGCUCCAACCUCGGCAGCUCUUUUCUCGGCUUCCCUAAAUCAACCAGCCUUGAUUGGAAGCCCAAGUGCUGGGGCAGCGACAAGGUAGGCCUGAGUCUAGUGGACGUUCUGAGUGAUGAGACCAAGUCUUCCGGGGAGGCCAUGGGGCUGUCAGCGAGUGGGAACAUCCUGUUUGGUCCACAGAUGAGAAUUAACAUUUCAUGCUCCAAAUCUCACACCAACUCAUCUGGUGAAACCCCCAAAUCUUUGCCAAAGGACUACGGGAUUCGUUCACAAUUUUACAAUAAAUCAACCGAACUCCGUAGGAGCUCGAGGAUGAGCAUCGACUCCAAAGGAGCUGAAUCAGAACGCAGGGGUUUUGGAUUGUUGAGGUCUUGCUCUGCAGAAAUUAGUGGAUCAUCCUCUCCACUCUCCAAUUCUGAAGUAUUUCCAUUAGAUUCAAAGAGCACAAUGGAGAAUAUAAAUUUUGACAAAUACUCUAGGUCCAUCACUUCCCUCUCUACAAGCGAAAUGGAGGAAUCCGAAGACUACACUCGCAUUAUAUCCCAUGGCCCAAAUCCUAAAACAACCCACAUUUUUGGAGAUUGUAUUAUUGAAAGCCCCAGUUUUCCUUCGGAGAAUUUUAAGAAUAAGAAUGGUAAAGACCAAGAACGUUGUGCCUGGGUUUUGAAGCCCUCUGAACAUUCUUUUGCUUGCUCUUCCAAUGACUUUCUAAGCUUCUGCUUCCAUUGCAAGGAGAAGCUGGAAGAGGGGAAAGAUAUUUACAUGUACAGGGGUGAUAGAGCUUUCUGCAGCAGCGACUGCCGUGAAAAGGAAAUUUUGAACGAUGAAGAGUCGGAGAAGGCUCCUAUCGCUUCAUAUUCUCCUACGGGUUCUUCCUUCCACGAGGAGAUGUUUUUGGAAGGCACGACCAUGGCCAAAUGGGUCAGUUGAUUUUCAAUUUGCAACUCGCACUCAAUCAACGACGCCGAGAUUGCUAUGGUAAAACAGUCUGUUGUGAUCAUUUGUCUAUCAAGAGCUGUACAUGUGAAUGUUCUUUAGCAGCCAUGGGCGAUCACCAUGUACAUUCGUUUGUUUGCUGAUUCGAUCUCAGCGUACAUGCCUCCAUUGAUGCAUUGGAAACAGUAGGCAAGUUACCCUCUUUCUGAAGAAAGGUCUUCUUCUGUAAUAAUUUCUAUCACAAAAGGUGCAAGACAAGAGUAUGAUGGCUCGCCAUUUUUUGCAGCUUACUUGUUAGCAAUUCUGAUCUCGAACGAAUGUAUGUGCGCAAAACAUUGUUUGUUUGUCAACUGUCCCUUAAGAACAAUGGAUCAUAUUCCAUAAAAUGCAAUUAUAGAUA